AUGUCAGGCACCACUUCCACUACCUUCCAGCUCCAACCGCCCAUCAUGGGCUACACCAUGGAAAUCAACAGCUCUGGCGACAAGAUGGCAGUCGUUGGAACUGGCAAACCAUUUAGGACUGGAGCGCAUUGGAUUCCAGUGCACCACUGGCAUUUUCUCCAAACCAGCAACGUCCCAUCUAUGGAGAUGGGAAAUACCGUCAUCUACAUACCCAAGGUCUGCCUGUCAAGUUUGUCAGAAAAGGCAAUCUCAAAGAGUUCAAGCUCUGUUGCAAAGCAAGUUGAACAUCAGGAUAAGUGUUACGACAAGUACGACAAAGCAAACGACACUGAAGCCAAGAUCUUCCUAUGCAACAGCCUCGACCCAGAACUUGCUGCCAAACUCUACCUGAAGGUCAAGACUGUCAAUCCUUUUCCCGUCAUGUUUCAAAAGUUCAUUCAGAUGCUCCACAUCACGUCCAUCCACUACUUCAAAGGACUCAAGACGAACAUUUGCAAGCACAAGCCCUCCCAAUACUCUGGAGAGGACAUUGCACAGAUGGCAGAGGACAACAAGGAAGAUGCAAAUGAGUUGACAAUUGCAGGUCAAUAUAAAUUCAAUCUCAACAAUGUCAUGGUUGGCAACUUCCUUGAAGCCUCCAGAGCUGAGCACAAUUCUUACCGUCAUGAAAUGCUCAAUGUCAGCGCCAAGAUGGACAAAGUACUGAUUGAGAUUGGCUACAUGGACAAGGAAGCAGCAGCAAAACAUUUGGAAGCAGAGGAGCUCACCACGAGCACAUCUGUGACAAGGCCAAGAACGCUUACCGUAUACUCUUUGACAAGCAUCAAUGGCCCGCUGAAAGACCCACCAUCCAAGAUUCCAAGACUCCGUAUGCCAAGAUGGCCAAGACAUUCACCCCCGAUGACCCAUACCAAUGAUGCCACCAAGCGCGACUUGAAAGGCUCUGGACCCCAAGCAAAUCAACUACGCUUCACUAGGGCCUGGUACACUCCCUUCCGCAAUGAUCAGCCCUGUCUUCUGUCCCUACGUGUUGUCUGGACCAUCAUCCAACACUUCUUGAGUUACCUUCCCCAGUUGGUUGUUGCCUUCUUCUUGGCCCGUUCCAUUGGGGUCACUACACCAAAUGUUUCAACUUUCAUGGCCGAUCACGUCUCGACUGCAUCCUCUUUCUUCUUGACUGCAUCCUCUUUCUUGACCGGUCAAGUUUCUUGCAUGAUGAGCCAAGCUUCCAUUGCCUCCGCCUACCUAUUCACUGCCGCUUCCACUGUCAUUGCUGCCUUUGAGGGAUCCCCGACCAACCGCCUUGCUCCACUCCUGUGGUUCACUCUUCUGAUCCUUGUGUCCCUUCCUACCAUGUCUCAUUGGGUCCCCGCCUCAAGAGUUUUGCCCGUUCCGGAUGACCAAAGCAAAGUAUAA